AUGUAUACAUAUGCACGUGCUUUAGCACAAUUGAAUAAUCAAUUCCGUCUUCGUCGUGCUGUUGAUACUGACAAUGUUCCACUCGCUCAACUUAAUCAACAGAGUUUUUUUGAAACAUAUGUUGAUGAUUGUGAUACUCCUUAUAGUAAAGAUGAUAUAAAGAAGUAUUUUCGUACGUCAGUUAGUCCAGAAACAUUUGCAGAUAAAAUUGCCGAUUCAAAACAAGCAAUAUGGAUAGUUGAAGACAAAACAAAUGAUGAAAUUGUUGCAUUUGCUAAUGCUGGUCCAUAUAAUAUGCCUCUUUCCAAUGUUCAAGCAGAAAACGAUGGACAAUUUUAUCGACUCUAUAUUCAACGUAAUUAUCAAGAUUAUGGACUCGGUCAUUGUCUUAUGAAAGUGGCUUUAUCAUGGCUAGAAAAACAAUUUCCUGGACGACCUAUCUGGCUUGGAGUAUGGUCAGGUAAUUUGAAAGGUCAAGAAUUUCAUAAAAAAUACAAUUUUCAUAAAGUCGACGAACGAUAUUAUCAAGUUGGAAAAUUCAAAAGACAUAGCUUCGUUAUGCGACGUGACAGUUCUUCAUCCUAA